UGUCAAAGUGAUGACAAUUGCGUAUGAUGUUGGAAAGGAAUAUUUUAAUUUAAUAUUUCUAUUUUGUUGGCAUCGUAAUAAACUACUAAAAGGACUUUUUUGUUUAUAUUGAUAGUACUGUAUCGUUGAAUUAUUGAAGAUUUAAGCACUUAUAUACAAAUCUGGCGUGAUCGUACUAGUAAAAGCAAAAUGACUUCCGGGCCAUAUAACUAUUCUUAUAUCUUUAAAUAUAUUAUAAUUGGUGAUAUGGGUGUAGGAAAGUCAUGUCUUCUACAUCAGUUCACAGAAAAGAAAUUUAUGGCAGAUUGUCCUCAUACUAUUGGUGUGGAAUUUGGAACUAGAAUCAUUGAAGUGGCAGGGCAAAAAAUUAAGUUGCAAAUUUGGGACACAGCUGGACAGGAGAGAUUUAGGGCUGUUACUCGGUCCUAUUAUAGAGGUGCAGCUGGUGCCCUCAUGGUUUAUGAUAUUACAAGAAGAUCUACAUAUAAUCAUUUAAGUAGUUGGUUAACAGACACUCGCAAUUUGACUAAUCCUAGUACAGUGAUAUUUUUGAUUGGAAAUAAAUCUGAUUUGGAUGGACAACGAGAUGUUACAUAUGAAGAAGCCAAACAGUUUGCAGAUGAAAAUGGAUUGAUGUUUGUUGAAGCUAGUGCAAAGACUGGGCAAAAUGUUGAAGAAGCUUUCUUGGAGACAGCGAAAAAGAUAUAUCAAAGUAUACAGGAUGGACGUUUGGAUUUAAAUGCAGCAGAAUCAGGUGUUCAACACAAGCCCGCGUCGCCGGGCCGCCCGCUCGCCGCGCCGCCCGCUUCGCGUGACAACUGCGCUUGCUAACCACUUCUUACAUUUUAACCAUUUACAUAUUCUAAACUAUGUUGUAGUUGUUAUCGAAUUGAUGUACAUGAUACCGACCACGAAAGUAAAACCUUAGCAGUAAUACAUUAUUAUAGGUGUUAAAGUAAAGGAAAA